AUGUCAAUCAGAUUUUUGGUUGUCGUAAACCAGAGCAGCAUGUUGGACAUGCUGCCGCGCCUCAACCCGCGGCGUGUGGCGCUCACUCUAGCGCUUCUCGCGUACGCCCGCACUACUGGACGCAGUCUCCGCCAGCAGCACGCCUUGCUACUGCAGAAUGAGCCUCGUCUUCCUUGGCUGCAGCACGUUCAAGCUGCGCUUAAGUACACCACCACCGGGCAGCUCAUCGCAAGCUCUGAAUACCUUUUAUGUCUGAUCAAGCCUCAGAUGGCUGCGCGAAUCGGUCGAUUACUCGUGUGGAUGCCUCGAGAUUGCCGCGUCAACUGCCGCUAUGGACCUCACGAACGUAAUACGCUCGAUGUCUACGGGGUUCAAGCGCAUGGGGAGACAACAGUAGCUACGCCUGUGCUGGUCUUCAUGCACGGGGGAGCGUGGUCUUUUGGCCACAAGUGGCAGUACGCUCUGGUGGGGGAGUACCUGGCCACACAGGGCUUCUUGGUGGCAGUCAUCAACUACAGGACGUUCCCAAACGGCUCAGUGCUGGACAUGAUCAAGGACGUCGAGAAUGCUGUCUUCUGGGUCGCUGAGAAUUGUUCUUUGCUUGGUGGAGAUAGGAACAAGCUCUUUUUGAGCGGUCAUUCUUCUGGAGGACACGUGGGGGCGUUGGCUCUCGUCAACUCGGCAAUUCGUCUUGCUGGCAAUGACCCGAAGGCUAUGAAGGAAAAGGAGAUCGCGAUUAAUGUGCAUGGAUUCAUCGGACUUUCAGCGCCGUACGACAUCUCGGAUCAUUAUAUCUUUGAGAGCGAGCGGGCCGUUGGUCCGCUGAAUGGAGUGCACGAAAUUUCGUCAAUGAAGCCUGCUAUGCUGGGCAUGGGCAACUUCAAGAAGCUUAGCCCGACAGCGCUCUUUGCAGACGCGAGAAACAUCGGCUUCUCACUUCCGUCAUUUUACAUUCUGCAUGGAGAGGAUGACACGGUUGUUCCAACGAGUUCGUCGAAGAAACUUGUAUUCAAUCUGAAAAAAGCUGGUCAAGUUGCGACGUACUACGAAGUGAGCAAUUGUACACACGAGGAUAUGGUGUUUGCGGUUAUGGGGGACAACGUAGACUGCCGUACGGAUGUGGUUAACCUGCUGAAGCAGAUCAUGUUGGAGCCCAAGACGCUGCCUUCGGACACGACAAUUUUGACAGCGCCACCGUCACUGGCAUCGAAACUGUGA